UUUGUGAAAUAUAUCAGUUCUGACGAAAAUGAAUAAAGUGGAUAAUCAUAGCAUAAGGAUUACAGCGGUUGGAGAUUCUGGGAUCGGCAAGCGAUCUUUACUGGAAAGUUACGCCACUCAGAAGUUUACUGAGGACUCUACUCUGUUUGAUACUAAGAAUCCUUUGGUUAAAUAACUGUAUUGUUUCGAAUAGGCAGAAUGAGAAGAUUGGGUCAAGAGGUCUCCUGGUGUUUAAAGCACACAGGAUUGAUGUAAGCAGCAUGGUUCAGAAGCAGCAAGAGGGUAGCUUGAGACAAACAUUACCUAUCAGUUCCUUGAUAAGUUCUAAAAAGCCUGAUAUUGAAGUGUCUGAGGAGGAUCUUGGAAAUCUGACAAAAUGUUCAAAACUAGAUUCAGAUUUGAUUCUUGAGCAUCUAUGAAAAAUUGAGGAAGACAUUAAUGUCACAGUGGAAGUCAAGAACACUUCAAUGAUGAAAUUGUUACCUCCAGCUGAGUAUUUUGAGAGUAGGGCAAUAAAUUGAUUUAUUGUUUGAUAUGACACAACAGAUAGAAGCUCCUUUGAAAAUAUUGAUGUUCAUUUUAACAUUCUUGAAAGAUGCGAGUUUUAUUUUCAAGUCAUUAUCGUAGGUACCAAAGCAGACUUAAAAGAGAAAAGAGAAGUCACAGAAGCUGAAGGAUUGCAAUUGGCUGAUGAUUACGACUGAGCUUUCUUUGAAACUUCGGCUAAAGAUAUGAGUAACAUUUCAAAUGCAUUUACAAUUUUGGUUCUCUCUUGGAUUUGAAAAAUGAAGCAGCUGUCGAUAGAAAAUCAAUAUUGGUUCCAAAAAUAAUUAAAAAUCUC